UUUGGGUGGGGUUGCCUCUACCCAGCCCGUUUGCUGUAUCUUUCUUUUGUGAUUAAUGAAAGUUUCUCUAAGUUUCUAUUAAAAAAAAAAACCUAAACGGCUAAACCUUAAACUCCACUUUACUCUAAAAAAUAAAAAAUAAAAACACUCUCCUCUCCCAUUUUACUUUUCUUCCACCAGGCGCACGCGAUUAACUCAGUCCCGCCGCGCCGCCGUCAGUCGGAGCUCCAGCCGCACCACCGCUCAUGCGUCCGGCCGCUCCUCAGUCGUGAGAUCCAGCCACUGCUCUUUCCGCCACUCGUGAAGUCCCACCGCGUCGCGAGUCUGGCUGCCCCUCUCUAUUGUUGGAUAAAAUCGAAGUCAAAACAAGAGGAGUUAUGUCCUUCAUGAAAGGAGAUUUGCUAGCUAGGACUAGAAAGCUCGUCAAGGGCUUAGCCAAAGCAGAACCCGUUUGGCUCAAAGCAAUGGAACAGGCGCCACCUCCUACAUUUCCACGAGUAGAUGGAACAAUCAAGACAAUCAGUCUUCCUGAGGAUGUAUAUGUAAAAAAAUUCUUCCAGAAACAUCCAGAUUCAAAAUACGAAGAUGCCAUCAAGUUUUGUAGUUUUGAUCCUCCUCCAGCUAGAAUAUUUGGCUUGCGGGUGCUUGAACUGAAGGAACAGGGUGUCGGUGAGGAGGAAGCCAUGGCAGUAGCCAAUAUGGAAUAUCGAGCUGAGAAAAAGGUGAAAAAGAAGGCUUAUGCUCGCUUGAAGCAAAUUGCACGUCUUCAAGGGAAGAAACCUCCUCCCAACCCCUAUCCAAGUGCUAUCAAGGAGAUACAAGCCGAGGAAAGGAAGUUCGUCCGAGAUCGUUUCUUCAACCCCAAGAUUAAAGAGAUUGCACAAAGGUUGAAGGAGGAGAGGGCAGCUGAAAUGCAGGACAGGAUGCGAGGUGGUGGCUGGUGAUCUAGAGUUAUAAAUUACAUCGCAGAACUUCCAUCCUCCAAUAUUUACUUCUGGAAACUUAGCUUUUGCAAUAAUUUUGGCAGUUCAGCAAUCGGGAAUUUACUUGCAAUUUUUAGUCUCAAAAGAAUAUCAUGUUAAAAGAUUUUCUUUCAUGUUAUUCGAUUAAGUUUUUGCCUUCCUCACAGAGGCCAGAUAUUCCACGAUGGCUGUCGAAAGGUGGCUAUGGACACCAAGAUAGUUGUUGAGUUAAAAGUUUAAUCAAAUAGAACCAAUUCAGUACA